UAAACAGGAAGUUUAAACAGCACGCUUCAAUCUUUCCCCCACGUGACCGCGCGUUACAGCUGCUGUCGUCAGUGGACAACAUAAAUGCCGGACCACUGAGCCGCCAUGAUGGCAGCAAACAGGCUGAGCUUCAGAAACAUCACCGCCCUGGCUCCCAUGGUCCGGGUGGGGACUCUGCCCAUGAGGCUGCUGGCUCUGGACUAUGGAGCUGAUGUGGUUUACUGUGAGGAGCUGAUCGACAUUAAAAUGGCCCAGUGUCAGCGGGUGGUGAACGAGGUGCUGGAGACGGUGGAUUUUGUCGCUCCGGAUGAUCGAGUGAUGUUCAGGACCUGCGAGAGGGAGAAGGACAGAGUCGUCUUCCAGAUGGGAACAGCUGAUCCCGACAGAGCGCUGACGGUGGCCCGGCUCGUGGAGAAGGACGUGGCGGCUGUCGAUGUGAAUAUGGGCUGUCCUAAAGAAUACUCCACUAAGGGCGGGAUGGGAGCUGCUCUUCUGUCGGACCCCGACAAGAUCGAGGCGAUCCUCAAGAAGCUGGUCACAGGAGUUUCCAUACCGGUCACCUGUAAAAUCCGAAUCCUGCCUUCGUUGGAGGAGACGAUCAGUCUGGUCCAGAGGAUCGAGAAUACCGGCGUCGCCGCGGUCGCUGUGCACGGCAGGUUGAAGGACGAGCGGCCCAGACACCCCGUCCACUGCGACUACAUCCGGGCCGUCGCUCGGGCCGUUUCCAUCCCCGUCAUCGCCAAUGGGGGCUCUCUGGAUCUGGUGAAGACCAACGCCGACAUUGAGGUGUUCAGGAAGGCGGCGGGCGCCUCGUCGGUCAUGUUGGCCCGCGCCGCCAUGUGGAACGUGUCGGUGUUCAGCAGCCGGGGUCCACUUCCUGUGGAGAGCGUGAUGGAGGAAUACCUCAAAUACGCGAUCCGGUACGACAACCACGCCUUCAACACCAAGUACUGCUUGUGUCAGAUGCUCAGAGACAAGGUGGAGUCUCCUCUGGGGAAGCAGCUGCAGGCGGCUCAGACCAACACGGAGAUCAGCGAGGCGUACGGGCUGCAGGAGCUGUACCGGCAGACCCAGGAGCGGCUGCAGGCCAGGAGGGACGCCCUGCAGAGCGGAGGCCAGGAGGAGCAACUUGUGAUGGACGGAGACGUCACCACCAUGGCGGUCAAGUUUGAGCGGAGAGAAUAUCCACCUCACAUCACUCCAAAGAUGUUCCUGCUGGAGUGGAGCCGCAAGGAGAAAGUGGAGCAGCCGCUUUACCAGACGGUGCAACGCGCUCAGGAUCGAGGCUUUCAGUCCAUCGUUACUGUAGCAAAGAAACAGUACAGAUCCUCACUGUGGGAGAAGUCGAAGAAAUUUGCCGAACAAGCGGCCGCCAUCGUCUGCCUGCGAGUCCUGGGCGUACCGGAGGGUCGUAUCGGGGAGGAAGACUCCGGCCUGGUCUGCAAGAGGAAGAGGGAGGGGAAGACCAACGGCGCCGUGGAGGAAGAGGGGAGCAAGAAACGACACGUAAUCGACCUCCAACGGGAGGCGGAGAGCGCGGCGAAGGGCGACCAGCACAGAGCGGAACAACCAGUCGGCGAACAGGAACUGUGAUCAGUCGUUUUUAUUUUGUUUCUCUGAAACAGAAACUUUCUGUUUUCUAAUAAUCCUGAAAACUUCCAGGAUUUAUUCUCAAACUUCUUCAGAUGUUUUCAGACUUUAUUUUUUACUUUAAUCUCCUCCGUAGAACCGGUUCUGUAACCCGUUCAGUCUUCCACUGGGUCAAAGUCUCCAUUGUUUGUCCCUAACAUCUGUAUCUCAGCCAGCAGGGGGCGCUGCUGCACCUUCACAUUAACUUCUUUUAUUUUAACCUCGGUGCCUUACAGAAGAAACCUUUCUGUUUUUUUUUCCUGGGCCUUAAACUCAUCACGUGUGAGUUCACUGUCUCACACACACACACACACACACACACACACACACACCGGUUCUCCUUCGUAAACAGUUCUCACCUGAACGAUCUUCCAGACCCUCCUGAUACGUUAAAGGAACUUUUUGAUUUCUUUAUUUUCUACAGACUCACUCUGAUAACAGAUGCAGUGUUUGUUGUCGGCGCUCAUGUCUCAACAGAAACUGCCAAACUGUUGCAUUCAGGGUCCCUACGUUAAGGACAGUGAACGCAUCGGGAUACAGUAACAGCUGAUUGUUCUUUGAUGUAAACGCAGACGUUGGGUUCAUGAUUAUAAAGUCUUAAAGUCCUGAACUGAACCUGAGAGAGGGAGACACCCAGACGCUGACGUCAGCACUGGGGUUGGCUAAUGGUGCCUUCAGGAGCACUGGGAGACACGAGUACUGCAACCGCAUACCAUAAAAUGCAAUUCUGAAUCUCGGAAGGACUCGAAAUAAACUAGAAGUAAAGUUUAAUGAAA